UGAGGGCGGGCGAUGCUCGGGGCUCCGCGGGGCUCCGCGGCCGCCGGGCAGCGCCAUGAACCUGGGCGAUGGACUGAAGCUCGAAACUGAAGUGCUGGAUGGAAAGCCUAGGCUAAUUUUAGCUUCUUCUGAUAAAUCAAAGCCUGCCAUGAAGAUGGGUAAUAAAGCCAGAGCACCUAAACAGGCAUUGAGAAUAAAGCAUGCUGGGCUCAUCUUGAGGCCAACACAAAAUGCUUGUAUCAAGAAGGAAAAUUUAACAAAACCAAGGAGUGAGUCAAGCUUAUCAAUGACAAAAGGUGAAAAACUGCAAGUUAAUAAACACUCCUCACAUGAAGCCACAACUAAAGGUUACUCUUUGAUUUUCCAAAGAGAUAAGACAAACAGAUAUCCUGAUUCAGAGGAUUCUAGUAUUGUGAAAAAAACUAAACACAAACCUCAAGCCCCACAUGUAUCAGCUGAAGACUUUAAAAGUUUGGUGUGUUUAACACAAGCACAGCUUCAACAGAUUUUGAUGAUUGUUAAAGAAGGAAGAAGCAUCUCAGAGACUCAUAAUGAAAAGCAAGAGGAAAUGGCUGCUAAUGAGGCAUCAGAGGAGAAUGUUACAGCAUCACUCCAAAAAGAUUGUGACGUGUCCCCAGUUCCAGAUGAAGUAAACUCUGAUUCAGGCAGGGAACAAGAAGCACAUCCACAGCCAGGACAGAAUGUUAUAAAAGAUUCAUGGAAACCUGCUGACUUGUUUAGUACCUUGGGUGAAAGAGAAGGGGAGAAAGCCUUACUGGAAUUUAAAAAGACCCAAUGGAAGAAGGAAUUAGAUGAACAGGUAGCACUGAAGAAGAAGCUGAAAGAAACUCUGGAGGGAGAGGUGGGUUAUUUCUGGGCAAAACUUGGCAGUAAUAAAAUGCCUAAAGUGGAAGCACCUGACACAGACCAGACAGUGCUUCCAGCUGCCUCAGUUCAUGGCACUGAGGAGAACUCUGCCUGUACAGCUGCUUUAGCCACAGAGGCUGAUGGAGUUGCACUGAAUGUUCCAAGAGCUCCAGCUGGGCAGUCUUCUGAUUUCAGUCCUUCUGACUUUCCAGCUGGCAGUUGCACAGCACUGGGUUUCAGGGAAGCUGUGCCACAGCAGCGACCUUUUAGUGCUCUGAAACAUGAGCAACAGAAGAAGUGGCUUGAAGAGUUGGACAAGCAGAAGGAAGAAGCUAAACUACGAAAAUUAGAAGAAAAACUUAAUUUAUCCAAGGCAGAAGAGCAUGACCGAUGGGAAAUGCAUUUUGAUUCUUUUAAGAACCGCUUUAAUGGUAAUGCACGACACCCUUUAAAUGGAAUGCACAGAAAGCCUGAAAGUCUUUCCCUGUCACCUGAUGCCAAGGACCCGAGUGCUUUCAUUCACCCUUUGUCUCCUGCAGCUUUAGGCAACCUCAUGCCCUUACAGAUGGGAACUGCAGAAAAAGCUGCUAAAAAUGGUGCUUUGGAACAAAGUCAGAGGGUCAGUUUCCUCCGUUCCAUGACAGCUCUGCUGGACCCUGCACAGAUUGAGGAGAGGGACAGGAGGCGCCAGAAGCAGUUGGAACAUCAGAAAGCAAUCAUGGCUCAGGUGGAAGAAAAGCGGAAGCAGAAACAACUGGAGGAAGAGCAGAGAAAAUGGGAAGAACAACAGGAAGAACUGCGCCUGGCACGAGAAAAAGCACAACUGCAGAAACAGUUUGAAGAAGAAAUGCUGAAACAAAGACAAAAGGAGGAACCUGCAACUCUUAAAGCUAGAGAGCUUUAUCAGACAAUGGAGAAAGCUCAGGAAUUAGCCCAGGGAUCAAAACAAGACCAGCACAUUCCAGACUUGGCUCAGAAAGCACAUGACAUUUCACAACUUCAGAAAAGUCUUGGUGGUGGUGAUACAGAGUUUGACAGCUGUAAUUCUGGCAUUUCAGCACAAAGGACUGAUUUCCCUGCUGGUGUGGAGAGCCCCCCUGAGCAGCAGGCCUCCCCUCGGAAGGACACGGCGGUGCAGACAGAUUGCUUUAAUACUUCAGCAUACACGGAGUCAGCUGAGGAAAGAACUGCAUGUUGUGAAUCACCUGAUAUUUCCAUAGAAUAUAAAGAAAUGUCUAACAGCAAAAAAUACCAGAAGGAAAUGCAGUAUAUGGAUAAAAAUGAACUUCCAGGAAAAGGGACUGGUGGUAUUUACAGUGAUCUAUACGAGCAGUAUGCAAGAAAAGAAAGGCACAUUAAAUCUUUGGAAAAGUACAGCAAAAGACCUGACUGGAACAUAAACAAGCCUGGGAAAAGAUACAUUCCAGCCUCAGAAAGGUACCCUAAACCACUGCAGAAACAGAGGGAGGAGAACAAGGUGCGCCGCCAAAUGGAGCUGCUGCAGUUGGUGGAAAGGAACAGCCCUGGGCAGCUCAGUGCAAGGAGGGGGGGGCACUCAGCCAGGUCCCUCUCACCUCGGGAAGAAACAGCUGUGAAGAGUAAGGGCCACAGAGGCAGAAAGGAAGAAAAAUUACAUAAGAACCACUUGAAUGAAGAAAGAUCUGAAUCACCACCUGUUCCGGCAGUUAGGAACAGAUUACUCCAAGAACAACAAAGAGAGAUCCAGGCUUCUCAUUUCCUGGUGUAUAACCAGCUGGGUGGAAGAGAGAAGGACGGCCAGGCAGCCUCCCAGCAGAGGAGCUCCCCCGCUGCAGGCGCCGAGCCGCGGAGCCCUCCCUCGGCGCAGUUCGUGCCCUACGUGCGCACACGGGAGGUUUUCUGCCUCCAGCCGGAGGCACCGCUGGGCCGAGCCUCGCCACGCCACACCCACGAUUCUUACCAAAUGCCACGACAGAUUUUUAGCUCAGAUCACGUUAGAGAUGCUGUUCGAAAUCCUGAUGUAGUUACAAUCAGAGAAAGACAACAAGAAAUUCUCAAAGGAUUGUCAAAAUUACGACAGGGCCUCCUGCAGAAGCAGAAGGAGUUGGAGAACACUCUGAUUCCCAUUGUAGCUCAAGAGAACUUCAUGCCACCGUUUUGAGAGAUGCAUAAAAAUGUUCUGAAUCCUUAAAUAUGGAAAUGCACUGCACUUUGCUACUGAAAUUAAUUACAAACCACCUCUAGUUUUUUUUAUGAAAAUUAAAUUAUGAUAAUUUUGAUAGACUACAGGGUCAUGUUACAUUUUAUAUUGAAGAUACUUUAAACUCAUGAUGAUUUGUCUGUUUAGAAUGGUUUUCAUGCUACUUGAAGACAAGUGUCAAUUUAAUAUAAAUCACCAAAACCAUGGAAGUAAACUGUUACAUGGGUUUUUGUAGAACUCAGUGUGUGAAUUUUGAUAAAUAAAAAUAUUAAGAUGAA